UGUUACCGAGUUGUACCGAGUUGAAUCAGAACAGAAACCCCCAACUUCCAGCUCACUCUUAAACACUCCCCAAAAGCUCAAAGCUCAGCCAAACAAUGGCGAAUCGGCGAUGCGUUCAAACCCUAAGCCGUCAUUUAACAUAUCUUCUCUCUCCAAACCCAUCAUCUCUCCAUUCCCUCACUUCCAUUUCACCUCAAACCCUAACCCCACAAAUACUUAAAUCCAUCGUCACACUCACUCCCUCUCCCAAAUGCCCCAAUGUUACCACUAAAAUUUCAUCUUUCCACAGGCAUUUCUGUUCCAAUCGACCGAUCAAUAGCGAUGAUGACGAGGAGGGAAGUGAAGAAGAAACUGAUGAUGAUCAUGACGUGGAGGGUUUGGAGUCGAAUAUUGAGCCCAGCAGAGAGUACACUCCAGAGGAGAAAGAACACGAGGCAGCUGAAAUUGGGUAUAAGGUCAUCGGCCCACUUCAGAAAUCGGACCGGGUCUUCAAACCAUAUGAACCCGUUUUUGCCGUUGUUCAGAUUGGUUCUCACCAGUUUAAAGUGAGCAAUGGUGAUUCCAUUUUUACUGAGAAACUGAAGUUCUGCGAAGUUAAUGACAAGUUAAUACUAAACAAGGUUUUGCUGCUGGGCUCAACGACUCAGACAAUCAUUGGCAGGCCUAUAUUGCCGGAUGCAGCUGUUCAUGCUGUCGUUGAGGAGCAUGCAUUAGAUGCUAAAGUACUUAUAUUCAAGAAGAAGAGACGGAAGAAUUAUCGACGUACACGAGGACAUCGACAGGAAUUAACAAAAUUGAGGAUUACGGAUAUACAAGGUAUUGAGAAACCUGAAGUGGCACACCCUCUUAAAACAGAGAAGAAAGGUGUUAAGAAGGUAGCAGUAGCAGCUUAAAGAUGCUAAAAAGUUUUAGUAAUAGUUGAGCAAGGGAUUUUUGGCAUAUACAGCUGACGUGGCUCAGCUUUUUCCAUUCGUCCUGUCUUAUAAGAUUUAUGUGAAAACGCAGAUGC